AUGAUUGCAGCUAAACGCCAUCAACCAGAUCUGUUUUCCGCCACACGAAACAGCGUCGGAGUGUCCAUUUUGGUCCAUUCUUUGAUAUUAUCCAUCCAUCUUUUGCACUGCCAUCCCCUACGCCUAGCCCCUUCCAAGGAAUUUCCGAUUGGUCCCGAUAUUGAUGCCUACAUGAUUGUUUUCGGAAUUGAUGACAGGAGAAGCUUCACUUCGGCUGUGGAUCUCCUGUACCGUCUACGUAAAGAUGACGUUCACAACAGCAUCGUGGUGCUAGUCGCCAACAAAGUAGAUUUAGUUCGAAACCGUGUUGUCACCACUGAAGAAGCAAAAGCUGUUGCAUCGAGCUACGACUGCAAAUACAUAGAAACGUCGACGGUCCUUAAUCACAACUUGGAUGAAUUGCUUGUGUGUAUGGUCACACAGAUCCGACACCGGCAACGCAAAGCCCGCUCCUCACAUGAAAGAAGCUCCCAGAAGAGCCGUUCGCCCGUCUCCCCCAAGCACCUUUUCAACAAACUUUUCAGGAGGGGAAGCAUCUCAAAGUCUUACGAGAAUCUGUCCGAGAACUGA